CGUAAGAGAAAGUUAUACUGCAGGUUCAGCGCAGAUUGGUUCAUGGUUCAUGAGACAGGUUACGUUUGGCAGAUCAAAGUUUCUGUGAAUCAUUGCAUCUAAUAAUGCUAAAGGUUAUUUUAAAGACAAAUUUCAUUUACCAUACCAUAAAUAACACUGGUGUGUUGGAAUAUUUAUCGAUAUUUAAAUAUGUACGCUAAUUGUAACUGCCAGCAACGGCAUUUGCAAGUUGUUUAAGUUUAAGUUUACAUAUUAAUUUCAGUGAUGCAUAUUUUAUGUUCAUUUGCUGUUAAACAGUCCUUGUAAUUAUUAUCGGAGUGGUAAUAAUCACGUUAUCAGUUAAUGGAACUUUUGAGUUGAUUUUUGUUUCCGUCAGGACCGUUAUUGUUGUAACACGCUACAGACAGAGCGCAUGAACUACGGAGAAAGUGUCAGCAUCCAUUUACGUUAUAACAAGAAGAAAGUGUGAAGAGUUUAACUUUAUUCCCUUUACAUGGAAAAGGACUUGGGUCAUUUCAAGAGUUGCUGCAGAAAGGUCUUUUAACCCCCUUUGUGGUAUUGCGGCCAACGAGUUCUCACGGCAUGUUUGAUGGCACCUGUGUGCAAUAAACGCCCGUCAACACAGAACGCCUUGUGUCCGUGAUGUAUCCAGAGGGGAGUUACAGUGAGAACUCGAUUCCGCUCGGCGUGAGGUGGAACGUGAUGAAAGGAGCCCGCCAUUGACGGAGCUGCAAGCAAGUUUCCCGAGGCUGUCUGUACAUCAGCAUCAAGGCUAAGACGACACAUACACGGAAAAUCUUAACAAGCUGCAAGAAGAGUUAAAAAGGGCAGUGCAUGACUAAUCCAAGAAGAGAUGCAUUUUAAAUUAAGUUAAAUGUAUAGAAGUGGAUUAACUCAGUGCUUGCUUAAAGAAACUCUAUAAGUGCUAAAUAAGUAUUCUGGUGUACAGCAUGUGUUUAAGUUGAAGUUAUUUUGACUUAGUUCUGUUAUUAUAUUACUUGAACUUUAAAAGAGCAAGCACACAAUUAGUUUGGUUAGAGAAAGUGUGUUCUUAAAUUAUCGCCAAAAGGUUUUAAGUUAAUUUGUGCUGCAAAAAUUUUGGUUAUAUUUCUUGUACAUUUUUUUAACUGAAGAAAAGAAGUAACGUUAGGUAUAAUUAUUUUCUUUCAUUAUUUUACUACAGUAGUAUUCUCAAGCAACUCAAGCUGGUUAAUUUAGCUGCAUUUUUCUUUAGAUAGAUUAAGCACACGAAAACAUUUCCCAUUAUGGAUGAGUGCGGAUCCAACAAGAAUGUUAUAUCAAAUGACUCUGAAGUUAAAGUUGAGCCUCAAGCUUCUUCUGAAGCACCACGAAGAAGCCAAAGAACCCGUAAACUUACUGAGAAAGCUCAAGUAAUUUAUGAUGAUAAAUCAAAGAAACUUAAGGAUCGCUUUACUGUCAGUUAUGAGAAGUGGAAGGUUGUUGCCAAGGAAGCUAAGAAAAUGCUUGAUGGUGCUCCCUCACGUGACAUCUUACAAGAUCUUUUAACCGAGAUACAGUCCUUGUCAACAGAUGCAAAAAGGGCUUAUGAAGAGCUACGACAGUGCACAACUCCAGACAGUGAAACCCGACGUAGAGUGGACACCUGCGAUGCUGUAUCAAAGAAAAUCCUUGGAUGUGGACAUUCCCAUCUUCAAGAGAUGGAGGGGAAUCCAGACGUUAAUAAAGAACAAGUGGACUGGGCGGAGGCUGGCUCUUUGCUCUCAUCUGCACUAUCCCGGAAAAGCAGUUCGAGCUCACCGAGUCUAAGGUCAGUAAACACCUCAAGCAUGGGAUCAAAACAUUCAAGUGUCUCCUCUGUAAGGAAACAAGAGGCGGCAGCAGAGUUAGCUGCUAACCAAGCUACUCUAAAGGUUUUAGAAGAGAUAGAUAGUGAAACGCAAGAACUUGAAAUGCUUGAAGCACAAGAAAGACAAAGAAUUGCAUUACAGGAAGCAGAGAAUGCUGCGAGACAAAAUGCACUAGAAGAAAAGCGCAGACAGAUAGAACGCUUAGAGACUGUUAAAAGGAUGAAAGCUGCAAAGGCACGCUUACAGGUUUAUGAACAAGAAAUCAGCUCAGAAGAAGAAAUUGAGUCUUUUUAUGAAUCCAAACCUGUGCAAAUCAAAUGUGUGACAAGUUUAAGGAAACGGACAGAGCAGCAGGCGGCAGCAACAAACAAUAUCAUCCAAAAGCAACCUAAAAGACCUCCAGAGGACACUACAACAGCUCUCGCUGAAGCAAUAGCUGAGUCUAUCAAUGUGAGCCGUCUACCAGUACCAGAACCUACUGUUUUUGCUGGAGACCCACUAAGAUACAACGAGUGGAAAAUGUCAUUUCAAACGCUGAUAGGUAGAAAGAAAAUUUCAGUGAAUGAAAGAAUUUACUACCUCCGCAAGUAUGUCGGGGGACCAGCAAGAAAGGCGAUUGAGAGUUAUUUCCUCUUGAGUACAGAUGCUGCCUACCAGGCAGCAUGGAACAUUCUGGAGGAAAGAUAUGGAAGCUCUUUUGUGAUUGCUAAAGCUUUCAAGGAUAAACUCAGUUCAUGGCCAAGAAUAGGACCCAAGGACAGUGUAGAAUUAAGAGAGUUUUCAGACUUCUUAAGAGGCUGUGAAGCAGCAAUGUCAGAAAUAAAGCGCCUGGAAGUCCUUAAUGACAGUGAUGAAAACCAGAAGCUUCUCACCAAGCUUCCUGAUUGGCUGGUUGCCAGAUGGAACAGGAAGGUGAUGGAGAUUGAAGAGGAGAACAAAUCAUUUCCCACCUUCAGUCAGUUUGUUGAAUUCAUCGGCAGAGAGGCAAAAAUAGCUUGCAAUCCAGUGACUUCUCUUCACGCUUUAAAGUCUAACGACACUGAAAGGGUUAAGUCAACAAAGACUCACAAUGUUGGAGCAAAGGUGUUAUUGAGCAGUUCCAAAGAAGGUACACACUCGGGGUGUGUUUUUUGUGAGAAAUUGAAUCAUGAUAUUCAAACAUGUUGGAAGUUCAUGGAGAAGCCAAUCUCUGAAAGAGUUCAGUUUGUGAAAACUAAAAAACUGUGUUUUGGAUGCUUGAGAACAGGGCAUCAUUCAAAGAACUGUGAAGGAAGAAGCGUAUGUGUUACUUGCAAACGUAAACACCCAACAUGUCUACAUGAAGAUCGUGACAAACCGAGCAGAAAGACAGAGCAAAAAGAGAGUAAGAACUACAAGGAGAAGGAAAAAUCAAGCGAAAGGAUCAAGUUUGAACAGAUCAACGAAGCAUCAAGCCAUGCAACUUCAAAUCGAGUGGUGCAAGAUGUAAGCAGUCUAUAUGCAUCUACAGUUGUUCCAGUUUGGUUGUCAACCAUAAGUGAUCCAGAGAGUGAAGUUCUUGUUUAUGCACUCCUAGACAAUCAAAGUGACACUACAUUUAUCUUGCAAGAAAAGGCAGAAAUGCUGAAGUUACACAAAGAGGCAGUGCAGUUAAAACUAUCCACAUUGGCAUCAAGAAACACAGUCAUUCCAAGCCAUAGAUUAACUGGUCUGCAAGUUAGAGGCUUCUAUUCAUCAAAGAGAAUCCCUCUCCCAGUAACUUACUCAAGAGAGUUUAUUCCUGCUAACCUGAGUCACAUUCCUACACCCAAAACAGCAAGGGCGUGGCCACAUCUGGAACAUCUAGCAGAAGAGCUCGCUCCAUUGAUAGAGUGUGAUGUUGGACUGCUCAUAGGGUAUAACUGUCCACAAGCCUUGUUACCCAGAGAAGUGGUGUCAGGAAAUGACAAUGAACCGUUCGCUCAAAGAACAGAUCUGGGCUGGAGCAUAGUUGGCUGUGUCAGUCCAUGCUCGGACUAUAAUGAUUCAAUUGGAAACAGCCACAAGAUUGUUGUAAGACAGGUGAUCCCUGAUCUUCAGCCAACUGCUACACUCACAAAUGAAGUUAGAUUCAUAUGCCGAACUCAAGUCAAAGAGUUGAUCACUCCACCAGAUGUGAUGAAAAUGCUUGAGUCAGACUUUAACGAGAGAUCUGCAGAAGAAGCUCAGCUCUCUCAAGAAGAUCUCCGAUUUAUGUCAAUCAUGGAAGAAGGACUGAAAAUGAAAUCAAAUGGUCACUGUGAGAUGCCUCUCCCAUUUAAGGAAGACAACCCAAGUCUGCCAGACAACAAAGGAUGUGCAAAUCAUCGCCUCAAAUGUUUGAAAAGGAGAUUUGAGAGGGACAAGCAAUAUCAUAAAGAUUACACAAACUUCAUGACUGAAAUAAUAUCAAAUGGGGAUGCAGAAAAGGUUCCACAUGAUGAAAUCAACAAGAGUCCAGCCUGGUACAUUCCUCACCAUGGAGUGUAUCAUCCCCACAAACCAGGGAAGAUACGAGUGGUUUUUGACUGCUCCGCUAAGUUUAAAGGCGUGUCAUUAAAUGACCAUCUGCUUACUGGGCCAGAGUUAACUAACAGUCUGAUAGGUGUUCUCUGCCGUUUUCGCAAGGGACCAGUAGCGGUGAUGUGUGACAUUGAACGUAUGUUCCAUCAAUUUCAUGUAAGAGCAGAACAUCAGGAUUAUUUGAGAUUUCUCUGGUGGGACAACGGAGAAUUUCACACUGAGCCAACAGUCUACCGUAUGCGAGUACACCUAUUUGGAGCAGCCUCAUCACCUGGUUGCGCAAACUAUGGUCUUAAACACGUUGCAGCCCAGGGGCGUGGAUUUUUUAGUCAAGCAGCCAUUCGCUUCAUUGAAAGAAAUUUUUAUGUGGAUGAUGGGUUGAUGAGCGUUACAUCUGUGGACGAAGCAAUAACGCUGAUCAAGGAAGCAAGACAGAUCUGCAGUUCUGGCAGACUAAGGAUCCACAAAUUCAUUUCAAACUGCACUGAGGUACUGGCAUCAAUUCCCAAGGAGGAGUGCGCUGAAACAACACAAAAUCAAGACUUAGCUCUGGGUGAGCUACAAAUGGAGAGAGUUCUUGGAAUCAAAUGGUGCAUAGUCUCAGAUCAGUUCAGAUUCAAGGUUGAGGUGAAUGAGCGACCACUCUCUAGAAGAGGAGUAUUGUCAACUGUGGCAUCUAUCUUUGACCCACUUGGGUUUGUUGCACCAUUCAUUCUAGUUGGUAAACAGAUACUUCAAGAGAUGUGUCGCAACAACAUUGGGUGGGAUGAGCCACUGUCUGAAGAUCUUCUCCCACGGUGGGAGUCCUGGCUCUUGGACUUGAAGAACCUAGCUGAUAUAAAAAUUCAGAGAUGCUAUGUUCCAGACAAUUUUGGACAAGUUCAGCGUUAUGAACUGCAUCAUUUCUCAGAUGCAAGUGCUUCAGGGUAUGGAGUCUGUUCCUACUUGAGAGCAAUCAGCGUGUCACAUCGAGUCCAUUGCUCCCUGGUUAUGGGUAAGGCCAGAGUGACACCUUCGAAGGUCACCACAAUCCCAAGGCUCGAGCUGUCAGCGGCCGUUGUUGCUGUGAGAACCAGUAACCUUCUCAGAAGGGAGUUGGAUAUUGAGACUCAAGACUUCUUCUGGACUGAUUCAAGGGUCGUCUUGGGAUAUAUCAACAAUGAUGCAAGACGAUUUCACAUAUUUGUGGCAAACCGUGUUCAGGCCAUUAAGCAGAGCACUAAUUCGAGUCAGUGGAGACAUGUGACCUCUGAAGAAAACCCUGCUGAUCAUACAUCCAGGGGCUGCACAGUCAAGGGGCUUGUUUCUUCCAAUUGGUUCACUGGACCAGAUUUUCUUUGGUGUGAGAAGCUUCCCAGUGAUGACAUUAAGGUGGGAGACAUAACAGUUGAAGACCCAGAACUUCGAAAGGUCAUUGUGCACAAAAUACUGACUGCAAAGGACUCAUUGUCAAGCCGCUUUUCAAAGUUUUCCAGUUGGAGAAGGUUAGUCAAAGGCAUUGCUAGACUGAGGCGGUGUGUCAGAGAGUUCAAGGGUUUGUCAUUAAGAAACAACGUAGCUUCGAGUCUGGAGGAGAGAAAAGAAGCAGAACUUACCAUCAUAAGCAUUGUUCAACGAGAAACAUUUCCUGAAGAAAUCCAAAACCUCCAACACAAAGGAGAGAUGACAACACAAGACAGGAUUAAGCGGCUGCAUACACUGAAUCCCUUCUUGGAUGAACAAGGAGUAAUGAGAGUGGGAGGUCGGCUGAAACAUUCUACCCUGCAUCCAUACAUCAAGCAUCCGGCAAUUUUGCCAAAAAGCAGCCACAUUUCAAAGUUGUUGAUUGAACACUAUCAUCAACAAGUACAUCACCAGGGUCGUGGCAUAACAAUGAAUGAACUUCGAUCAAAUGGCAUCUGGAUACUUGGAUGUAGUCACGCAGUGUCUUCCUUCAUCUACAAGUGCGUCAAAUGUAGAAAGCUAAGAAGAAGUGCUCAAGUACAAAAAAUGGCAGACUUACCUCAUGAUCGAGUAGAAACAACGCCUCCUUUUACUUAUUGUGGAAUGGAUUGUUUUGGCCCGUUUUACAUAAAGGAAGGAAGGAAAGAACUGAAGCGUUAUGGUCUGCUAUUCACUUGCUUAUGCUCUCGUGCUGUUCACAUAGAAGUACUCGAUGACAUGACUGCGGAUUCUUUUAUCAAUGCCUUGCGAGCCUUCAUUGCCAUUCGUGGAAAUGUGCGUCAACUUCGGUCUGAUCAGGGUGCUAACUUUGUGGGUGCAAAACGUGAGCUUCAGCAGACUGUAAGACAGAUGGACCAAGAAUCCCUAAAACGAUUGGGUUGUGAGUUUGUCAUGAACACACCAGCUGCCAGCCACAUGGGCGGAGUUUGGGAAAGGCAGAUCAGGACAAUAAGAAGUGUUUUAACAUCUAUUCUCCAUCAGUCCUCCAGCAGACUUGAUAGCUCGUCCCUGCGAACAUAUUUUUAUGAAGUCAUGGCAAUCAUAAAUAGCAGGCCCUUAACGGCGCACUUGCUUAAUGAUCCCACUGGACCACAGCCUCUCACACCCAACCACAUUUUGACAAUGAAAUCCUCAGUCAUCUUGCCACCACCAGGACAGUUUAUGACAGAAGAUGUUUAUCUUCGCAAACGAUGGCGCAGAGUGCAGUUUUUGGCGAAUGAGUUCUGGUCCAGGUGGAAAAAGGAGUACCUGCUAAAUCUCCAGCAGAGGCAAAAAUGGCACAAGGCCCACAGAAACUCGAAGGUCAACGACAUAGUCAUUCUUCAAGAUGAAAGCGUGCCUCGAAAUGCGUGGAAACUGGCUAAAGUUACAAAGGUCUUUCCUAGUGCAGAUGGUCAUGUUAGGAAACUGCAAUUGUUGAUCAGUGAUUCAGCACUUGAUGGUCAGGGAAAACGACUCACUAAGCCAGUAUAUUUGGAGAGGCCUAUCACUAAAACAGUAACACUCCUUGAAGCAAAUAACACAGAGUCAUGAGUAAAAACUACUUACAUUAAAACUCUUGAGUGUUUUAUUUGACCUUCUUCAGUUUUUAAGAAAUCACAAGUGAUUUGGUGGGAGUGUAACUGCCAGCAACGGCAUUUGCAAGUUGUUUAAGUUUAAGUUUACAUAUUAAUUUCAGUGAUGCAUAUUUUAUGUUCAUUUGCUGUUAAACAGUCCUUGUAAUUAUUAUCGGAGUGGUAAUAAUCACGUUAUCAGUUAAUGGAACUUUUGAGUUGAUUUUUGUUUCCGUCAGGACCGUUAUUGUUGUAACACGCUACAGACAGAGCGCAUGGACUACGGAGAAAGUGUCAGCAUCCAUUUACGUUAUAACAAGAAGAAAGUGUGAAGAGUUUAACUUUAUUCCCUUUACAUGGAAAAGGACUUGGGUCAUUUCAAGAGUUGCUGCAGAAAGGUCUUUUAACCCCCUUUGUGGUAUUGCGGCCAACGAGGUAUGACAGAUUAUGUUAAUUAGUUUAUUCAAUUGAGUUUUUUCUAAGUCUUAUAUCAGUUUAUAUCAUGUAUGUGAUGUAUAUUGACAUAAUUUGUUCUCUGUGAGAAUAUUUUCAUUUAUAUUUAUUUAUAUGUUUGUACAGUUCUCACGGCAUGUUUGAUGGCACCUGUGUGCAAUAAACGCCCGUCAACACAGAACGCCUUGUGUCCGUGAUGUAUCCAGAGGGGAGUUACACUAAUCACUGGGAUUCACAGAAACUGAGUUCCGUUUUGUCACUGCAUUGACACACGUUCUGUGUCCACUGUUGGGGAUGAUGAGUAAAGUGAGAUAAAUAAUAAUAUAAAUAAUAUUGUGGCUACAAUUUUAGCUCAUACAAAUUGUUUAGUAGUUAUUAAUUGUUUUAGUAGUUAAUAAUUAUAUGUCGAUGGUUCAAAUUUGUUUGUUUUGUUAAACAUUCUCACUGUACUCAUGUAUUCUCUUUUUAAAAAACUGCACUUUUAUUCUAUUAUAACAGAUUUGUGUAUUUUCAGAUUGUGCUUGGGGAUGCCCGUCCUGUGCAUCUACAAAGCUGCCAGUGUACCUGUGUGGCAGGUACAGCUGUGUGUAAUCAUGUGGCAGCACUGUUGUACCAGACUGCACAUUAUUGCCAGCUUAGCAUCACCUCUGUUCCCCCAACACACAGCUGCACAGAGACUGAACAGAAGUGGCAUAAGCCAAGAUCCAUGGUAACUAAUGUUUUUAACAGGGUACUUUGUGUACGAUCCAAAGGGGCAGACAGUGUUUGGCCUUGUUGAAAUUAAAUGCCCCAAUGUUGCAAGCUAUGUUGACUGCCCAUAUAUUAAGAUCAGUGAGGGCACACACACAUUAAGGAAAUCUCAUUCCUACUUUUGGCAAAUCCAGGGCCAGAUGUUGAUUUCUGGUUUAGACUGGUGUGACUUUGUUGUCUACACACAGGAGGACAUGUUUAUUCAGAGGAUUCCCAGAGACAAUGAAAUCACCAAAACAAUGAAAGUAAAAAUUGAUUUUUUUUAUUUUUAUUGUUACCUCUUUGCUUCCCUAAAUAAUUAGAUUCUGAUUGCCUGUCACACUUCUUUAUAGAGUGCUGUUAAUUUCUCUUUUCUCCAUUUCUCUUACUGGCAGUAACUCUUAUUAGUUCAAUCCAUUUCAAAAUAUUUGUACAUAUAUAUUGAUUCAAGUUUUUAUAUUUUUUCUUAAUUGUAUUACUAUGUUUCUUGUUGUAUUAAUACUAAUCUAUUAUUAAAUUACAUGUUACAUGUU